CGGCCAAGCUGACUCGGCUACGUGGAUUGGGAGAAGUUGGAUCUCAACUUUGCUCGCAGUGUUCUCUGCUUUUCUCCACCUAACCGGCUCCCCAAAAAGACUUCAAUGGAUGCUAAAUCAGAGGAGGUCUGUUGUCCAGGUGAGUUCUUUCAGCGUUUGCAGCAGCUGAGGUCAGCAGGUUACCUGGUGGACGUGACCCUGUGUGCAGAGGGACAGGAGAUCCCCUGUCACCGACUGAUCCUGUCCGCCUGCUCUGACUACUUCCGUGCCAUGUUUAGCGGAGACCACUGCGAGAAAAACAAGGACAAGAUAGACAUCGGAGGGGUGAGUGCAGAGGCAUUACAACUGUUGGUAGACUUUGCUUACACGGCCAAGUUCAACAUCACCUCAGAUAAUGUCCAUCAACAGUUCAUAGCAGCCAAUAUGCUUCAAGUUAAACCUGUUGAAGAUGCUUGUGAAAGGUUUCUAAGCAACAACUUGAGUCCAGACAUGUGUUGGGCAACAUGGACUUUGGCAGACAUGGUGUCUUGUAUGAAGUUGUCUGCUGUGGCAAGACGUUACGCUCUGAAGAAUUUCGAAGAAGUAUGCAGGACGGAGGAUUUCCUUGAACUGCCUAUAGACUCCCUGAAGACGUACAUCUCGGACAAGGAUCUUCAUGCUAAGAAAGCGGAACAAGUGUUGGAUGCAGUCAUCCUUUGGAUCUGGCAUGAUCUCAAGAAGCGAAUUAAACAACUCUGGGAGCUGCUGGGGUGUGUUUGUCUCUCAAGUGUGGACCGGAAGUAUCUCAAGAACAUCGUGGAGACAGGGAAGAUGUUCGCAGGAGUUCCAGGGAUCAAUGAACUCAUCAACGAUCAAACUAGAGACUCAAGGCCUCGCCGCAUUCAACAAGAAGGUCUACUCAUCCUUGGUGGAAUGACAACCGGAUCAUACCAUCCACCAGCAGUGAACUGUAAUAUGUUUGAACUUGAUCUUCACUUUGAUCGCGUAAACACCACUCCACUGCCACAAUGCCUACAGAACAGUAAAGGGAGUGCGGCAAACGUCCUUGGCAAUGAUGUGAUUGUGACAGGAGGGGAAACAUCUAUGUCCCAAGCAUGGCGGUACAAUCCAGCUCUGAACUCUUGGACAAGGAUGGGGUCUUUGAAGAAAGGGAGGGCAGAUCAUGGAAUAACGGUUCUGAAUGGAAAGGUGUAUGUUGUUGGUGGAGAGAAUCGUAGUUGGCUAUCUUCUGUUGAAGUGUACAAUGAGAAGACCAACAAGUGGGCAAAGGUAGCACCACUAAAACAGGCUGUCAGCAGCUUUGGUAUAGCUACGUGUUGUGGAGAGAUCUAUGUAUUCGGUGGCCGCACUGGGUUUGGCUUCAGUAGAACUGGUAAUGUCCAGUUCUACAAUCCCACCCGAAAGGAGUGGGCGUUCGCCCAACCAUUGCCAAAGCCAUUGACACACGUAAGAGCAUGCACUGUCAACUCCAAGAUCUACUUGGCCGGUGGACAGUUGGACUCUGUCCUCUGCUACACUCCAGAAGAUGACCUUUACGAGAAGAUGGCUGAUAGCCUGUGCCCUUGGUUUCACUGCAGUGCCACUGUGUCUGGUUCUGAGAUCUACAUUACUGGUGGUAGGGAAACUAUUAUCUUUAAUCAUGACAUUGAAGCCUUCUCAACAGUUCAGUGUUAUGAUGUGCACAGUGACACCAUGAUCAUGGGUAAAGGUCUGCCGAUGUCGUUAUACGGACACCACAUUGUAACAGUAUCCAAACAGUAAGCUUGUUACAUCUUAGCUAAAUCUCCUAUUUAGAAAUAUGCUACUGUGCCAUCAUGCCAUGGACUUGAACUGAAGUUGAACUUUAAGUCCUGAGAGCAUUUUUGGUCACAUAUUUUAAUUAUUUCUACUGUUUCUGAAAUAAUGUAAAGGUAGCCAACAAUAUAGAGGCAUUGAGAAGACCUCGCUUGGCAACUUCUUGUAUUCUAAACGUUGAUAAAUCUUCGUACUAGACCAGACUUUCAUGAUGAUUGUAUGUUCCUGGUCACCUUAAUUGUUCCCAUCAUUAUCAUUGGUUUGAUUUUAACAUUUUGUUUCUGAUGGUUUGAAUAAAUGCCUUUUUUAUCUUG